AUGAGCAUGCGUUUAAUAAACCUGUCAACCGCGACAGCUGCCCAGAAACCACCACCGCCAUCAGUGCUAUCACUGCGUCUUACGCCGUUCGACAGCAGCAACAACAACACCAAAAUCAGCAGCCUGCGGUUGAUGAGCAUGUAUACAAAAAGCCAUGGGUCACAAAGGGACCGGGAUCACCGCCAUUGGUCCGCCACUUCUUUAUCACUUAGGCAACAACAACAACAAAAGCAACAACAGCCCCAGACGCAUGUGUUCAAGAAGCCGGUAGGUUGCGUAGUCACCAUUGCAUCUCCUGGCAGUGAGCAGCAAAAGAAACAGCUGCCAACAGUCGUGACACCUCCAUUGUCGCUCAUAUCUCCAAUGAAACAGCAGCAGCAACAGCAACCACCAUCCACCCAUCCACCACCGUCCCUGUCACCAGUGACGCCGCCACCGCCGCCGCAGCAAUAUCCUUUGGCUCCAGCAGACAUCGAGUAUGUUGAAUCGGGGGACAUUUACAUUUACAUCGAUUCUGAGGAAGUCAAAAUAGAGGAGUCCCUGGAGAAUGUGACCAUAUAG